CACACUCCAGUUUUCCGGAUCAAGUCACUUUAGAUUCGUGGGGCCCGGGGGCUGGCGAUAAGGGAGGAUGUAGGUAAUACCAGCUCCCUCCCCAAGUUCUUUCUCCCCUCCACCGGUAUUUUCCCCUUCGCCCUCCACUAGGGCUUACUGGGAUGAGGGGAGCUGAGAAAAGGACCCGCCUAUGGUCGUUCCCGGGAAGGGGCGGGACAGCGACCUGGGCGGGGCGAGGCGAGCCUUGGGUGGGAACGUGGGGAGCUGGGGUUGUGGAUGAACAGAGGGAUCCAGCCCUGGACCAUGGCCUCCAAAUGCUCCAAGUGCGACAAAACCGUGUACUUCGCGGAAAAGGUGAGCUCCUUGGGAAAAGACUGGCAUAAAUUUUGUCUCAAGUGUGAGCGUUGCAACAAGACACUGACACCUGGAGGGCAUGCAGAGCACGAUGGGAAGCCGUUUUGCCACAAGCCCUGCUAUGCCACGUUGUUUGGGCCUAAAGGUGUAAACAUUGGGGGUGCAGGAUCUUACAUCUAUGAAAAACCACGGGCAGAGGAAGCUCCUGUCACUGGCCCUAUUGAGCACCCAGUUCGAAUAGAGGAUCGGAAAGCCAGUGGCCCUUCCAGAGGGCCCAGCAAGGCAUCCAGUGUCACGACCUUCACUGGGGAGCCCAACAUGUGUCCUCGAUGUAACAAGAGGGUCUAUUUUGCGGAGAAGGUGACAUCCCUGGGAAAGGAUUGGCACCGGCCUUGCCUUCGCUGUGAGCGCUGUGGAAAGACACUGACACCUGGUGGACAUGCGGAGCAUGAUGGACAACCAUAUUGCCAUAAACCUUGCUAUGGAAUUCUUUUUGGACCAAAAGGAGUGAACACUGGGGCAGUGGGGAGCUACAUCUAUGACAAAGAUCCUGAAGUUAAGGACCAGCUGUAGGAGGUCCUGACCUUCCCAUGUGAUGUCAGCACAUCCCACUAUUCCCUACACAAGAAAUUUUGUUCUAGAGGAUACAAAUAAUUUGGCUGAGAUCUGUCUGGUGCUCUUCUUCCUCUAUUCUCACUGUGUCUCCUACUAUUUCUCUCUUUCAACCUGUUUUGAUUUAUUUCUCCUCACCUCCUUUUCUGAUCACCACUCUCCCUGAUCUUGUCUCUAUUUCCAUUACUCCUUUUAUCUCAUUCUCUUUGUUUUUGUUAGGUUCUACUACCUAUAUUUCACCACCACUACCACCCAGCAUCCUAUACUUGAGAUUUAUUUAUGGAAAGAUAUGGGUUCUGCUUUCACUAAAGACAAAUCCUUUGUUUCAUACAGUAUUAUUGAACAGCCUGUGGCAGAAUGUCUAUUCUAAGAGCCUUCUGCCCUCAUUUCCCAAUAAUGCAUCAAAGGUCUUAUGGCUUGGCCACUUAUACCUUCACAUUUAACCAGACACUAAAGCUGCUUUGACUUUUGCUGUCAAUAAAGGUUUUGAGAAUCAAAA